AUGUCUUCAUAAGAGAGCAAUUAGAAAAAGUCAAAAUUAGAGUAAUCAUCAAAAAAAUACAGAAUACUUACGUUUGAAGAUAAGUAAAAAAUAAUGAAAGUUCUUUAAUAUAAUAAUACUAUUGACACACUUUCUACACUAAGUGCAUAAUAUAAAACAUCAAUUAAAAAUCUUAGAAGAUGGUAUAAUGAAGGUAUUAAUCGAAAACCUGGUUGUGGAAGAAAAAAAUUGAAUCUAGAAGCAGAAAAAAAAUUAUGUGUUUGGAUAAUUGAAUAAAGUGCUAAAUAAGGAAAAAGAAUAAGAAGAACUUAAUUGAAAGACUAAGCAAUAUCUUUAUUUAAUGAUAAAUAUUUUAAAGCUUCUAAAGCUUGGUAAGAUGAGUUUAUUAGAAACUAUGAUAUCAAAUAUUAAGUUAAUGAAAUUUUAUAUAAGAAAGGUAUGUUAAACACUUUAUAAAAAUAAAAAUUCUUAGAAAUGUAAGAAAAAAGAAAUGCUGAAACAAAUGAAAAGAAUACUGAAAAUACUUCAAAUUAAUCAAAUCUAAAUUAAUCUCAAAUUCCUACAUAAACAAAAUCUGAAGAGAAUAAUAAUAAUUGUUAAACAAGUGCAUUUUGUCAAGAUGAUUAUCAAUGGUUUUAAACACCAUAAUUUGAUGUUAAAUUUGAAGAAUCAUUUAAUUAAUAAUAAUUUGAAGUUUCUCCAUAAAUUAAUCCAUUAAAUGAAGAUUCAUGGGAUUAUAAAAUAAACUAAGAAGAAUCAUAAGCAUCUGAAUUUGUUGGAUUUAAUUGUUCAAAAAAAACAAAAAAAUAAUAGAAAAAGAAAAGAAGUUAUUGA